UGUUUGAAAACAUAAAUUAGUUCUUGAAUGAAACAAAUAAACACAGUUAGCUAAGUUCAUGGAUAAAUCAUACAAUAUAUGUAUGGGAUUGACUGUGUUGGGCACCAUCCAGAUCCUUUCACCAAACCAAACGAACCUUCUUGCCAUCUUCCAAAUCCGGAUCUACAAUUUGCAGAUUUUCCGAUGUUGAUUGCAAUUAGCGAUUCGUUUAUCUGCGGUUUGCUUUUUGCAAUUCCAAUUUUGUUAACGAAGAAGAAGAAGUAAAUCUGAACACAAUGGGAGAACACAAGUCUUCAUCUAAGAAAAACUCUUCCAGAAUGAAGAGGCUCAAAGUUUCCUCUAAGGUAUUUUUUUUCAACUCUCCUUUUCGAUGCUUUCCAUGUAUUGACAUAAUAAUAUUCGUUUCGCUUGCUCUGUAUUAUGUAUAAUUAAUGUUCGUGUGUGGUGUGUUGCUUUAUUUCUAUUUCGUUUUGAAUAUAUGUGUAUAGUUAUGUAUUUUAGGGUUUAUCUUCAUCUUAAACUAAAGUCAUUGAACUUUGUUUUGUAUCAAAUAAAAUCAUUCAACUUAAGGUUUUAAUUUUUAAUCUACUUUAAUUUGCUUUUUAAGGGCUUAUGUUUUUUCUGAUUACUGAAUUAAUUUUGUGAUGUUAUGGAAUAUUUGUUAAUGUCCUUUUGUAGAGAUGCUAAUAGUUCCCUUUUUACUGGUGGUGGAAAUAUGGAAGAGAAUUAAAACUGGUUAGUUAUCUGCUAUGUUGCUCGGAUACUCCUAAAAUGCACUACUUUUUGUGGAUUAAGCACCCGGCAACAUUUUUGAAGUAUCCAAACAACACAAGUUAUAUGUACCCUCUGUUGAACGCAAGUCCAAGCAACAUAUGGUAAUUAGCUGGUUUAACUUUUGGGUCUUUUCAUGUAUGUAUCAUCAGGGGAUUUUUUUUUGGGGAUAAAAAUUAAGAUAGCCGUUCUUUUAGCUAAAAAUUAAAAUGAAACUGUUUUCCAAGAACAAGGGUCAAAAGGUAGUUCAAAAGGCUGGUUGUUUUGGGUACAAUACUUGUAUGAGUUGACAUUACUGAACUGGGAGAAUAUAAGUCCUACUCUUUCCAGUUUGCUUAGAAGGGAUUAUUUUCAUGUAAAUAUUCAUAUACAUAUCUGUAAUAUUGUAAGGCUUCAUGUGAUAUAGCUCAUGAUUGCUCGUGGAGUGUUAAGUCACAUUGCAUAGUCAUUUGGAUCGCUAUAGUUAGAGUUCCAUGAAUCAUUUAUUGUUUUUUGAUUUUUUUUGUUUUCUGCUCUAUCCGCAAUACAACCUUAGUGGAGCAAAUCUAGAGUUAUUUAUGAAAGGAAACAAUUACUGCACCUGUUAAUACUUGGUAUCUUUUAGAAGCAACCAUGGAAAAACAGAUAUCUAAGAUCAUUUAUUAAAUAUAUUCUCUUUUGUUUCAAUUUGUAAUUCCUUAACUGACAUCCAGAAUAAUGAACUAUGAAAGACUCUAUAAUGCUUGAUCAUGCCAACACGCUUUGUACACUCGUUAUUGAAUAUAUUUAAUACCCAAAUAUUCAUGGAGAUGUUUUCAUGAGAAAUUGCAUUAUAUUUUUAAUUAAAAUUAGGCAUACUUUCAUAGAACAAUGUAAGGUUACCUCCUGUUUUCUUAUCAAUACAUUCUCGUCUUGUUGCUGGUAAUUCCACUUUAUUAUCCUUCAUUAUACAUCUUCACGUGUUGUGUGGUUAGAUACACAAGAGAAAAAGCAGAAAAAACAAAUCCAAGAGGUUAUCCAGUUCCAAGGAUGACUUGUCAUCUUCUGCUUCUUUCUAUCUUUCUAGCAGUCCACAGUUUUUGUCCUCUGAUUCAGAGGUUGAUUAUAGUAGGAAAAAACGUAGGCACUCACGUGAUAUGAAACACGUGAAGACAAGAACUUGGAGAAGAUAUUCAAGCCAAUAUGUCAGUGAGAGUUCACCCCUGUAAAGAAAGAAAACUGUCAAAUAGAAAAAGUCUUGAUUAUGGGAGGAAAGUACGAAAGAGACAAUAGUAUUAGCUCCGUAGGUAGAGAUUCUAAGAGCUUUUCCACUUGCCAAGAUGCAACUAAUAGUGGUAAAUAGAAAGCGAUUAUAAUAUUGAGUUUAAUUAAAAUACAUAAGCAUAUACUGCUUAAGGUUCCAAAUAUUUAUAACUUUAACAAAUUAAUCUUGUCGUAAAAUACCUGACGUCUAAAGAUUUUUUUUUAAUAUAUCUAAGUUUUAAAUUUUUUUAAUUUAAUUAGUAAAGUAUUAUUACUGAUUAAAGAGAGAUAAAUAAAAAGGUAAUAUGAACAAGUAUACUUGUGAUUAAAAAUAUUACUUUAAGUACUUUUGCUAAGCGAUGUCCAAAUGAAGUAGGCUUAAUAAAUAAAUAUAUCUUUUAAUUUGUCUUCUAUCUAAGGCGAAUGUAUCUAGUUAUUUAAUUUGUACAAGUUUAAAAGUCUAUUUAGACAUAUUUAAAAGUGAAGGGCAUAAAUAUUUGCUUAACCUACAUUUAAAACACGUUUAUAUAUUAUGCAAUAAAAUACUGAUAGAUCUUUUUUAUACAUUUAAACAACACUAAAAGAUAGGAUUAGGUGGCUUUGAAGUUAAUAAAACAAAAUAUGCGCCACAUGUAAAAAUAAGCCGGUUUUCUACUUUGUUUUUAUGGAAUUUAACACUCACUUCUGGCUUAACUCCAAAUCCAAAACCCCUCUAAGCCUUGUACCUUCAUCCAUUCUAUAAGAAGGGUUUCGAUUUGGGGAAAUUGAGGCUGUGUGAAGUGAAAAAUGGGGAGAUUAUUUUUGGUUCAUCCUGAAGGCAAAACAUGGAAUUGCAAAUUCUGCGAUGCCAAACUUGGUCACGUUAGUUCACUUGUUACAAAGGUACAAUUUUUCCCCUUUUAAUUAUUUUUGGUUGAUUGACUAGAUCUAGCUAUGUAAAAUCUUGAUCUUUCAAUUUAUAUGGUUUUUGGUACAUCCUGAUCUUUCAAUUUAUAUGGUUUUUGGUACAUCCUGAUCACUUUUUGGUACAAAUAAAAAAUUUCACCUUUUGUAUAGGUAGUAAUGAGUUGUUUUUAUGUUGUUCACUGCAAAUGUAAUGCUUUUCUUGUUAAUUCAGAAGUUUCAAAUUUUACGAAUUUGUCUCAGUUUCAAUUUUUUUUUUAUGAAUUUCUCAAUCCUCAUCAUGAAUUUGAAUUGACCAUUAGGAAAAUGGUUGAUUGAGUUAGGGAUGGUAGUGUGAAGAUUUUAUUUGACUCUAAAAAAUUGUUGUUGAUAUGAUCCAGAAAUGAGUGACUACUUCACUAGAGAUAGAAGUGAUGUGUGAAGACACUUGGAAGCUUUCAAGCAUGUUGGAUCAUGUCGAUAUUAUGUAUAUUCAUAGAUGUUUGAACAAAAUAGUUCAUAGUUUAGCUAGAUUUUUUAUUUGUUUGUUGAAGCAGAUCUCUUGGCAGAGGCUUUUCCCAAGUUGGAUCCUGCAUGAUGCUAAGGUCUUUACGUUGCAGCAGUGGAAGAGCAUACCUGUUCAAUGAAGUGGUAAAUAUAACUUUUGGAGAGGCUGAGGAGAGGACGUUGCUUUCUGGAAUGCACACUGUGAUGGAUAUAUUUUGUGUUCGCUGUGGGCAGAUUGUUGGCUGGAAAUAUGUGAAAUCCCAUGAGGAAAGCCAGAAGUACAAGGAAGGGAAAUUUGUCCUUGAAGGGAUCAGGAUCGUUGAGGGUGAAUUUGAUUCUGAAUUCUACAUUGAUACUCGUUCAAGCUCAAGUGAUGAUGAAGAUGGAGAUACAGUGUAAUUGUGGGAGCUUAGUGCACCGAUUUGCAGAUACUUGUAUCUUGUAGACUUAGCAAAAGAAUAGUUGUAUCUUAUCUGGAGAUCUCCUCAAGUUUGUGGAUGUUUAAACUAAGUUGCUGCAGAAGUGUUUUCUAAUCAAUAUGGGUUGACUUAAGUUAUGAUUUAGUGGUCUUACAUGUU